GUAUAUACCUUGACUCAAGGGUGAGGAGCACGGACGGAGAGUGUCGCUUUGGAAAAUGUACUGAAUUUGUCAUUAUUUGAAUCAACAUCACCCCCAGCUUGUCAUGGUAAGUAACACAGUCAUGGAAGAGGACACCCACCCACUCACAAGUCCAUCCGGUGUCAAUAUGAAGGUGAAGAAGGAACUACGAAGCAGGGCAGGCCGUUAGUCAGCGAGGUCACGGCGUCCCAGAUAAAUCUCACCAGUUCAUAGUCAUUAGAGUCAAUAUUCGGCUUCGUAUCCGUGUUUGCCCGUGGCCACUUGGUGCAGCCUCGAACCAGUCUCCUGUGUUAGCAGAAAGUUGGGAAAGCAGAAAGUUUGGCAGAUGUCUAGAGAGCUACAUUGCUGUGUGUGUGUAAGAGACAGAGAGGUGGGUGUGUUGUAAGAAGCUACACGACGGUUUUUUGUGGAUUGUUAUUGAGAAAAAAAUAGUUGUAGGCUGAGGUUGUGUGUGUACAGACGUCUUUCACAGGUUUAGAAGGCGGUGUUUGUGCAGUGUACUUCAUGGAAAGACGCUGUGCACUGUUGCUGUGUGUAAGCAAGUCCUUUCACAACCAAGGAAAAAAAAAAGAUUUAUACAAAAGACUCGAGGCAAAAUGUGUUGGACAAUGUAAACCGGAAUUAAAAGCCAUAGUGAACAGGAAAGAACCUAGGUGCCAUGAGACAUAUCCUGAUACAUAGCCAAGUUGUAUAAACUCACUAGAAGGUUGACAGAUUGUGGUGUCCUAUAUGUUAGAAAACCUUUACGUGUUAGUGUCUCGGAGUUCAGGACUUGGUAGAAAGAGGAGGAACAGUUGAUGUCUAGUUGUCGUGAUUGUGGUGGAGGGAACAAAUACAGGACAGUACUGAUAUUUAUAACACGACUCAGAGCCAAGGAGUGAGACAACCCUUAUCAGUCAGGACAUGUCACUGAAAGCUGAAUUUCCUGGUAGCGUUCACUUACGCAUUCCAUUAUCCUCAUCUAACAGUUCCACAUCCCAUGCCCUGUGAUCUGUUCCUUGCCACCUCUCUUUAUCCUUCUCAGAUUCACUCCCUCUGUUUUCACCUCCACCACUUCUGAGCUCCUCUCAUCUCUUCUACUCAACUCUUCGUCUUCAAAACCUCCUGCCAAGAUCUUUCGUCCAUGUUUUCCCACCAUUUGUACCUCCCAGAGCAACCUCUUCUUAGUCAUGCUGAACCCCAAAACUCUUGCCUGCCAGACCCUCAGCAGAAGGCUCCCCACCACCGCAGGGAGAAGACCAACCACCACGGGAAGUCCCUCAAAAGCUCUAACUCAAAGAACCAGGGUCAGUUUCAUGUCGAAAGAGAGGAUUUCGAUACUGGGGGGAGUUUACGGUACCAGGCCCCAGCAGGAGGAGAGGAGAGGUACCAGUGUAUCGCCAGGAGCCACCAAUACUCAGGCGUCAAGGGCAGUGACCAGGCGGGGGACCAGCACCAGGUGCCUGACCUCCACCACCCUGACCUUUACUGCCAGAAGAACCUGUUUCCCUCUGGCAGGAAGUCCUCUCAGGAGAACAGCUUCAACUAUUUAGGUGGCACAAUGUACUCCCCAUGUGCUAAUGAGGGUUUAGGACGACACCUGAGUGGAGCCUUCUGGUCAGGUAGAGGCCCGGUAUGUCGUCCAAGGUUUUGGAAGUUUUUCCUACUGGUGGUAGUGCUGUUGAUGAUGGCACAGUUCUCCCUCAAUGUCCUCCUCUACCGCAAUUAUGAUUCUCUCUUCUACGUCAAUGUUACGUCCACUGAGGCAUUGUCGUCCUUUGAAUCUAAAGUAAAAUGGGUGAGCUCUAAGUUACCAUGGUCACAUUCCAUCUCAGAGAAGCCAGGUGGUGUAGCCCAGUCGCCUGACCUAGACACCAACCGUAUUCGCAAACCUUUACCAGAUGGACAGAGGACGACGCCGAGUACAUUGAAAAUUGAUAUAGAUGUAAAGAAUUUGACAGGUGUAGAAAAAGUGGACCCAAAAAAUUUGACUUCCACAAAUGAAGCAAUAAAUGAAGAAGGGAAGAAAAUAAACCCUCUUCAUUCACCUCUAAAUGACACAAAGAGGAGGAAAUCUGAAACAAGUGACACAGUUAACAGUGAGAAACUUGCAUUGAAGGCUGCAGUAGAGAUUUCCAGUGCAGGUGAUGAAAAGAAAGAUACUGAACAAUCAAAAAUACCUCAUGUUGAUGCUGAGGUAAAGACACUGGUGAAUGUCAGCAGCAGUGGUGUUGGUGUGGAGAAGAAGAAAGUACUCCUGAGUAAAGAGAAGCCACUUUGUCCUCCUGUGCCACCCAAACUAG